AUGGAGACAGACAAGGAAUUUUCCACGGUCCUUCAGCAGGCACCUGUCACACACUUCACUGGAAAUAAUGAAGCCAAGGGCAUACUUCACAUAUUUAAACCUGUGAUUGCUGUUGAUAAAGAAGCAUUCUUCGUGGCUCACCUCUGCUGCACAGCCAUCUCUGCCGUGAAGGCAAUGAGAGCUGCUGCCCUCCUUGGAUUAGUGCUUCUCAGCUCCUUUCCUAAUCUUGUUCCUGGUCAGCAAUGGGCCUCCUGCAGUGAGUACCGGCUGUCAGGCAGCGGGAACCUUGCCUGUCCCAGGAUCUACCAGCCUGUGUGUGGCACUGAUAACAUCACCUAUCCCAACGAGUGCUCACUCUGUAGACGAAUCCUCUGGAGUGGGACGGUUGACAAGAAGCACGAUGGGAGGUGUGUGAAGGUUGAUUGCACUGGCUACAUGAGAGCAACUGGUGGUCUGGGGACAGCCUGCAGCCAGCAAUACAACCCGCUCUAUGCCACCAAUGGGGUCACCUACAGCAACAAGUGCACCUUCUGCUCAGCAGUGGCGAAUGGAGAGGACAUAGAUCUGCUCACUGCUGGAAAACACCCUGAGAUUGACUGCAGUGAAUUCAAGAGCACCAAUCUCUAUUGCACUGAAGAGUACAUGCCCCUUUGCGGCUCUGACGGCAUAACAUAUGGGAACAAAUGCCACUUCUGCAUUGCAGUUUUGAGGAGUUAUGGAUCUCUGUCUCUCCAGCAUCAUGGAGAAUGCUGAGUGCUGGAGCACAACCUUUACCCUCAUUCAUCUUUCACUUCCAAAGCCUGCAAUUCCAACAUGUUCUUCCCUGCUCCCUGUUGU